GCAGGGAUUCUCCCGGCUCCGCACCCCUCCUGCCCCGCCGCUCGCCGAUUAACUCGCCCAGGGGGAGAUGGUUCUGGCCCAGUUGGUUAAAGACUCCUAAGAGCAGAUUCCUGCCCCUGGCCAGCCUGCUCCGUCCAUGGAGCCCCGGGUUCCCCCCAGCAUCACCGUUGUCCCCAACUCCGUGCUGGUCCAGCCCUUGCUGGACGGCCGCAUCCCCUACGGGCGGCUGCAGCACCCCCUGCCCAUCCUGCCCAUCGACCAGGUGAAGGCCACUCACCUGGAGAACGACUACACCGACAACCCCACCUCCUCCCAGCUCCCACCGGCCUCCCAGAAGCGUCCCCGAGCUCCCCACGACCCCGCGCCCGGGCAGCAGGAUGUCACCCACCCGUGGAUCUCCUUCAGCGGCCGCCCCAGCUCCAUCAGCAGCAGCAGCAGCACCUCCUCCGACCAAAGGCUCUUGGACCACAUGGCCCCGGUCCCGGUGGCCGAGCAGAGCUCCCCCAGGGCCGUCCGCAUCCAGCCCAAGGGCUCGGGCUGCAAAGCCUCGGAGCUGAAGGGCCCCGGGGCGGCAGCGCAGGACGCGGAGCGGCACCUCCUGCUCUGCGAAGCCUGCGGGAAAUGCAAGUGCAAGGAAUGCUCCCUGCCCCGGGCUCUGCCCUCCUGCUGGGUUUGCAACCAGGAGUGUCUCUGCUCGGCCCAGAACUUGGUCAACUACACCACCUGCAUGUGCCUGGUCAAGGGCAUCUUCUACCACUGCGCCAACGAGGAUGAUGAAGGGACCUGCGCGGACCAUCCCUGCUCCUGCUCCCAGUCCAACCGCUGCUCCCGCUGGGCUUUCAUGUCCGCCCUCUCCCUGGUCCUGCCCUGCCUGCUCUGCUACCUGCCUGCCACCGGCUGUGUCAAACUCUGCCAGAGCUGCUACGACCGAGCCCGCCGGCCCGGCUGCAGGUGCAAGAACACGAACAGUGUCAUCUGCAAAGCCCUGCCCGACGGCAAAGGACACGGGGCAGAAAAACCCUUUUGAUGCUUUGGGGAAAAAAAAGGGGAUGCUCCUCACCCCGGGGUGCCCUCAGCCUCCUGCCUUCCCGGAGAGAGAACAGAGGUUUCCAGCACUUGGGGUUCUCCAGGCUUUCUGGAAGAGGUCAGGAAUUCCAGAGAUGGGGCCAAAGGAGGAA